UUAGACUUUUACCAUUUGUAGUUUUUGUAUUUUAGUCUUUUACCAUUUUUGGGUUGUGUAUUUUAGACUUUUACCAUUUGUAUUUUGUGUAUUUUGCAAUUUUCUGCUAUGCUUGCUUUCACUGAUGAGCAGAAAAGAAGACAUAUAACUCAUUCUUUCUCUCUCUCUUAUCUAUCUUAUCCUUAACCAUAAUCAGUUAACGUCUAAUCCUAAACUUAAUCUAACCACAAUUCAAAUCUCCACCCCAACCCAGGUUAUGCCUCAUUAGGACCAGAUUCUGGUCUCCAUGAGGACUACUGGUCCUGAAAAAGGUCUGUGUUUAUGCCAGAAACAAAGAGCGUUCACUGUUGAUGCGCAGCACUUUCCCACUGUUUUGGAGUAGGAGGAGAACGUAGAGGAGAGGGAGAAGCAGCAGGAGGAGGAGGAGGAGGAGGAGGAAGAGGAGGAGGGCCUGGUCUCGUCAUGUGCGUCAGUAAGUCAAACAUGUUCCAAUAACCGUCUACAUUAUCUGCUGCUAUUUGCAGUUUGCUGUAGCCAGGCGCCAGUUUGAGCCUGAGAAGAAACCUGCAGCUCUUAUCCUUGUUGCUCCUCCGUGAAGGAGACGCGCUUACAAGGGAUGGCAUCAGCGAGGCAGUUGGCAGAAAAGAGGAAACGAACCCUUACCCUUGGAAAUACAAGGACAAACCAUUCAUCAGAAACUCAGCUCUAAGAGGCGCAGGAUGGCAGGAGGUGUGAAGAGGAAAACGCUGGCGUUACACGUCAGGUGGUUGUUUGUCUGCUUGUUGCUGAUGUCUGAUCUGAGCUGGCUCGGCCGAAAACACCAGGUCGGGGUCAAGGGCCAGAACAAUGAGAGAAGAGUACUGGCACAUAUCCCAGGGGACAUCAUUAUCGGAGCUCUGUUCUCCGUUCACCACCAGCCACCUGCGGACAAGGUGCACGAGCGGAAGUGCGGAGCGGUGCGCGAGCAGUACGGGAUCCAGAGGGUGGAAGCCAUGAUGCACACUCUGGACCGAAUCAACGCAGACCCCGCCAUCCUCCCAAACAUCACGCUGGGCUGCGAGAUCAGGGACUCUUGCUGGCACUCUGCGGUGGCGCUGGAGCAGAGCAUUGAGUUCAUUCGAGACACUCUGGUGUCCAACGAAGAGGAGGAGAACCAGGGCAGGUGUGCUGCAGAGGGGGGCAGUCUGCUGGUUCAGGGAAAGAAGCCCAUCGUGGGUCUGAUUGGUCCAGGAUCCAGCUCUGUUGCCAUCCAGGUACAAAAUCUCCUCCAGCUCUUCAACAUCCCGCAGAUAGCCUACUCAGCCACAAGCAUGGAUCUCAGUGACAAGAGUCUGUAUAAAUAUUUCAUGAGGGUGGUGCCGUCAGACAUGCAACAAGCCAGAGCCAUGGUGGACAUUGUCAAGAAGUACAACUGGAGCUACGUGUCCGCAAUUCACACAGAGGGUAAUUAUGGAGAGAGUGGCAUGGAGGCAUUCAAAGACAUGGCAGCGAAGGAGGGGAUCUGCAUCGCCCACUCCGACAAGAUAUACAGCAACGCAGGGGAGCAGGGCUUCGAUAAGCUGCUGCAGAAACUGCGAGGUCACUUGCCCAAAGCCAGAGUGGUGGCCUGCUUCUGCGAGGGCAUGACGGUCCGUGGCAUUCUGAUGGCCAUGAGGCGACAGCGCCUGGUGGGAGAGUUUCUGCUGGUUGGAAGUGACGGCUGGGCCGACAGGUACGAUGUGACUGACGGCUACCAGAGGGAGGCAGCAGGUGGAAUCACGAUAAAGCUCAAGUCUGCUCACGUGACCUGGUUCGAUGAUUACUACCUGAACCUGAAGCCGGACGCCAACCUGAGGAACCCCUGGUUCCCGGAGUUCUGGCAGCACCGCUUCCAGUGCAGGCUGAGGGGGCAUCCGCUGGAGAGCACCGCAUACAACCGCACCUGCACCUGGAGAGAGUCUCUGCGUCAACAGUACGCUCAAGACACCAAAAUGGGAUUUGUCAUUAAUGCCAUCUAUUCCAUGGCUUACGGCCUACAUACCAUGCAGCAAGCCGUCUGUCCAGGAUUUAAGGGUUUGUGUGAGAACAUGCGACCCAUCGACGGCCGCAAGCUGCUGGAGUUUCUGAUGCAAACCAAUUUCACUGGAGUAUCUGGGGAGAUUAUCCACUUUGACCAGAAUGGAGACUCGCCGGGCAGGUAUGAAAUCAUGAACUUCAAGCAAACCGGUGAGGAUGAGUUUGCUUACAUCCCCGUGGGAAGCUGGGAUCAGGGCGGCUUGAAGAUGAAUGAUGAGGAAAUCUGGAGCGACAACAGUGACAUCAUCCAGUCAUUCUGCUCAGAGCCCUGCCAGAAGGCACAGAUCAAGGUGAUCCGUAAAGGUGAGGUGAGCUGCUGUUGGACGUGCACUCCCUGCAAAGAGAAUGAGUAUGUGUUUGAUGAGUAUACGUGUCGGGCCUGUGUCCUGGGCUCGUGGCCUACAGACGACCUCACUGGUUGUGAGCCGAUCCCAGUUCAGUACGUACGCUGGGGCGAUCCAGAGCCCAUCGCUGCAGUCGUCUUCUCGUGUCUGGGCCUCAUGGCUACACUUUUUGUGACAUCCGUCUUCAUCAAAUUUUGGGACACUCCCGUGGUCAAGUCCUCCAGCCGUGAGCUCUGCUACAUCAUCCUGGCUGGAAUAUGUCUGGGCUACCUGUGCACGUUUAGCCUCAUCGCUAAGCCUCACCUCAUCUACUGCUACCUGCAGAGGCUGGGAAUCGGUCUGUCGCCGGCCAUGAGCUACUCCGCUCUGGUCACCAAGACCAACCGUAUAGCGCGGAUCCUGGCAGGCAGCAAGAAGAAGAUCUGCACCAAGAAACCUCGCUUCAUGUCCGCCUGCGCACAAUUGGUCAUCGCCUUCCUACUCAUUCUGCUUCAGCUGGGGAUUAUUGUGGCACUGCUCAUCAUCGAGCCACCGCAGGUGAUCUAUGACUACCCCAGUAUCCGCGAGGUGCACUUGAUCUGUAAUCUGACCACUCUGGGGGUUGUGGCUCCUCUGGGCUACAACGGCCUGCUUAUCCUCAGCUGCACCUUCUAUGCCUUCAAGACUCGUAAUGUACCGGCUAAUUUCAACGAGGCCAAGUACAUCGCCUUCACCAUGUACACCACCUGUAUCAUCUGGCUGGCCUUUGUUCCAAUUUACUUUGGCUCCAACUACAAGAUCAUAACCAUGUGCUUCAGCGUCAGCCUCAGUGCCACCGUGGCUCUGUGCUGCAUGUUCGUGCCCAAGGUUUACAUCAUGCUCGCCAAGCCUGAGAAGAAUGUCCGCAGCGCUUUCACGACGUCCACAGUGGUGCGCAUGCACGUCGGGGACGCCAAAAAAGCCGCCAAGACUCCCAAGCCUUCCAGCAGCAUGGCCAAUUUGUUUCGACGCAAUGGCUCUGCACAGGAUGACAUCAGUUCCAACGGGAAAUCCGUGAACUGGACACAGAACGACCGCAGCUACAGACCAACCCUGUGGAAGAGGAUGUCGUUCCACGUCAAGAAAAAAGGCGCCGUGGAGUCAAACCAGACGGCCAUCAUCAAACCCUUCUCCAAAGACGGAGAUAUACCUGAGGAGCCUCCGCCCUUCACCUGCUCGCCCCCUCAGUCACCUCUGCUCACUGUCAGCCAGCAGCCAGUGAAGGUGAGGGGUCACCACGGAGGAGACGCUGGAGCGGAGCCACAAGUUUUACCCGCCAACCACGCCGCUGGGGUGAGAAGAGGAGGCGGGGACAACGGCGCGGUGGACGGCGGGGACGUUAGCUUCAUACCUGUCGGCGUGGGGGACAUCGGCACGGGGUUGCUCGUCAGUCAAACUCAGGGCGUCACCAUCAUGGACCAAAUCAGCUGCGUGGUGAGCCGGUUCACCGCCAACAUCAGUGAGCUCAACACCAUGAUGCUGCCAGGAGGAGCCACAGCUCCGCCUGCACCUGCAGACGCCGCCCCCUGCCCUCCUCCUCCUCCUCCUCCUCCUCCUCCGCCGCCGCCUCCUCCCCCUCCUCAGCACCUGACAUCCAUGAGCCAUGUGGUCACCACGCAUGCCGAGGUCAUGGCUGUUCCCAGCUUCUGCGAGAAUCGACCCGCAGGGAAGAUCUACACCCAGCACCUGGCGGGGACGUGUGUGAGCGGCAGACGGGUCAAGGAUAUGGAGGAGCUCAUGGCUCUGACGCCUCCAUCCCCGUUUAGAGACUCGUCGCUGAGCUCCAGCGGCAGCUCGCCUUCAUCUCCUGCCUCUGAGGCUGAGUAUGACCAGCUGCUGCUGAGACACUUCAGCCAGAGCUCCUCCUCUCUCUAAACCUUCAUGUUUAAAGACAAGACACAGCCUCAGACGAAACCAAACACUUUGAUUUCUUUCGACCUGUGGAUAUACUACGUUUAAGCCCUUUUUUUAAAUAUUGUGUUUUCGUGUGCACCCAUGCAUGCCUCCAUUUAGGGGACAGAGAGGAACAAACCUGACAUGACUGCAAACGUUCCAGCCAUACGGGCAUUUUAAAGACUAUUUCUUUGAAUACCGACUCACUUUUAAACUUUUUAAAUUCCAAAGAAAACACACCUUCUUUGUAACAUCAGGCAUCAAACAUAAGCGAUGAAAAGUGACCAAAUAUGAACUGUAUGUUCAGUGUUUAUUUUAAGCAUUUUAUUAUUCUAAACACUUCUAUUUAUUUCAUUGCUACGGAUUUUCUGAUUAUAUAACUUGCCCCGAAUCUUGAACACAAUCAUGAAACUGUGUCUCCCUGUUCUCCCGUCUUGCUGUCAAUCCUGUGAGACAUUUGUAAUUUCACUGGAAAAGGAAAGUUGCAAAUCAGGGACUAAAAAUUCAACCGCCUGACUCUAAGAGGACACACAUUUUUUUUUUUUUUACACCUAAUGGAAACGUAACACUUUGUCUUAAUGGACGCAACAUCGUCUCCAGACGGUUGAAUGUCAGAAAACGUGUCCUUGAGUGGAGUGGACGACAGAAAGGAUCUUCCUCCUCAGGACCAAAAUACUUUCUGCUCACUCAUCAUUUUUUUGCAUGAUUUCGAAAUUUCAGUUGCUUUUGUAAAGGAUGACUUUUUUUUUAUUUUUGUUUUUAACAUGACACAUUAAGAUGAUUAGAUACAGAUGUAGGUGAUGGUAUUUGUGUUAUUGUUGUGUUUUAGGAGCAGAAAAGUCAAACUGGAUGUGUCCCCCCCUGUAGUUUUUGUAAAUGGGCUCAAAUUCAAAAUCUCAUUAUAAUCCCAUUUAGAGUCUAAUCUUAAAAAAAAAACAGUUUAAGACUUGAGGAGAACAGUAUUUUUUAUAUUUACUUAACUUAACUUUCUCAUGCUUGACCAUAUUCUUUGAAUCUUGUUUUUUGUUGUAUCUACACUUAUUGCUAUAGUUAAGAUUCAUGGCUUUUUCUUAUGUUCACACAGGAGAGAAUGUGUUUUUAAGAGAAUGUCUUAAUGUGGGUUUCAUACCAUAGACAGUUGCCAUACUUGCAUGCCAUUUUGUGCCAGUUUUGACGACAACAAUUCGCCGAUAAAAUUCACAAAUUCUUGGUCAUAUGUCUCCACCUGUUGAUGUUACUUAAGAACUGUGUCAAAAUCACUGUGUGCGAUAAUGAAUAAAACAGGAAGUGGGAAAUAAGGUUUCUAGGCCACUCUUUAAAUUAAAUAACAGGAUAUAAUUUCCGAUGCCAUAAAUUGUAGACCGUAAUUGUUCGGUGAAAUUAAUAAGUCACAUGAUGGCGGGCAAAGUUAAUUUAUAGUCAAGAGAGGAAUCGCUUUGAUGAGUCCAGGGACAGAGCACGGUCACAAUGGACUGAUUGUUAGUUAUCAUGUUACCUGCAGUCCUCGCCGCAUGUCGCUCAGCGGCAAAUCCUUUUUGUAACACAAUGGCUCUUGUUUUGAUUCUCUCAAAAACAAAAACUCUUCACAGUCGCCGUAAAUGCAAAUCAUGUGAUUAGCUGCCUGAGGAUGAAGUAAAGAGACUGGCGGCUGCUUUUGCUCCUCAGUGGUUGUGUGAACACACUUAAAAUUCACCAUUUCAAAUAGAUAUAUAUAUGAGAUUCCUCUAUAAACACCGAGCAACACUAUGCCUGUGCUCCAUAAUGUUUUAAACAAUCAUUUUAUUCAACAUUUGUAUAAAACAGGUGAUUAUUCACAUGUAAAGGAAACAAAAACAGAUAAAUAACAUAUACACAACAAUCACACACACACAUACUCACAUAAGCUUUGCAUAGUUUAGUUUAUUAUUAGAUAUUUUAAGUUGGAGAUCAUUUGAUUUUCAUCUUUGUGACAAAAAACUGUGUCCUUGACUAUUAUAUUAGCAAAUUUGAUGAUGUUUUUGAAGAUGCCAAUGGAAAAUCAGCCCAGAAUAUCAACAUUUAAAACAAAAUAAAUAAAUGAUCCAAAGUGUCAACCAAACAUUUUUGCAUCCGCAUCAUGAAUAUGUUUUGAGCAACUCAUUUUGGGCAGUACUGACAGUGUGAAGUGUGGCGUGUUCUUCAUCUGACACAGAAAACGUCUCCAGGUACUGCAGUAAACAUGUUUGAACAGAGACUUUGGAGUCUCAGGAAAAGGGACCUGGGGGCCUGAAACUGAGCUGAAGUGAGCCGGUGGCAUUGAGCCUUGUGAGGAAAUCAUCUUCACUGUGGACUUUUUCAGCUCGGGGCCCCAGGCAGUUCCCUGCUGUGCCUGUAUCUUGUUGCAACGCCCCUGUAUAGAUUAGCAUAGUAGUGAGACCAAAACAGGAGCAACCUCUGUCAAUUUGAUAUGUUUACAUAUUAUAUAGAAUUGUCAGGAGGCUGCUUGCUGUUUUAUUUUGAAAACAGUAUUCAAUCUUGUGCAAAUUCAUUAUUUCCUGUCGAGCUCUUUUCCGCCCAAAAUUCAACCACACCUUGCACUGCUUUACUCUGUGUUUUUGAUUCCUGCCUGCUAUUAACGCCAGUAAAGUGAGUCCGAACUUUUA